AUGGAAUUGCAAUCUGCCCUUCCAAUCAUGUCAUCGUUACCAUCUGAACGCUCGACUGGCCCUCUGCAAGCGGCUGCUAUAGCAGAUAUCACGAAACAUUACUAUGAGAUAAGAGACUUUUCGUUUCAAGACGGCACCACUUUGGCUUCUGUCCGUCUUGCGUAUCUUGACCUGAAUCCAAACGAGACAAAAACGGCCCUAAUUAUCACCUGUUUUCGUGGCCGGCUCCAGUCAACCUUGACAUUUGCCAGUGGCGCGCUUCAAAACCACAGAAUCAUUGUGGUUGCGUUAUUUGGAAACGGUGAAUCAUCAAGUUCCUCUAAUACACCGGGAUUCCCCAGCUCCAUUGAUUACCGGGACUGUGUUCGUGCACAGCGAGAACUUCUCACUGCCUAUUUCAAGCUUGAAUCAGUCGACAUCAUCAUGGGCUUCUCCAUGGGCGGUCAAUGCACUUACUACUGGACCCUAAUGUACCCUGAUUAUGUUCAGAACGCCAUCAUCAUAUGUUCCUCAGCCAGAACCAGUCUACACAACUACCAAUUCCUAGAAGGACCGAAGGCCGCGCUACAGAAUUCAGCCGACUACGUAAAUAAAGACCUUGCUGGGACUUCUUCAAAGCCAACUCGUGGCCUUCACGCUUUUGGCAAGGCUUACUCGGCUUGGUUGACAAGCGCCGAGUGGUUCGAAAAGCAAAUGUUCAAAGCUUUGGGAUACGAGACAUUGAGGGACUGGGACGCCAAUGUGACUGAGGUAGGCUACUCUGGAUGGGAUCCUGAUGAUCUACUUGCCAAGUUGCACAUGUGGCAGAAGGGUGAUGUCACGGUAGUGGAUGCCUCUAGUGGUGGCUCAUUGGAACAGACAUUGUCGCUGAUUAAGGCGCGUGUACUAUUAAUGCCAUGCAAAACUGACCAAUACUUCCGUUGGGAGGUUAGUGAAAGGGAAUCUCGGAGUAUUCCAUCCGCAAUCGUGAAGGUGAUACCGUCGAUCUGGGGUCACAUAGCAGGAGCUGGCGCAAACCCAGUCGACACAAAUUGGAUGGACCAGACAAUCACCGAGUUUUUAGCAAAAGCACCGUAG